AUGGAACGAAGAUGGAUUCUCAAAUCUCCUUUGGUGUCGCUGCGUUCAAUCAAAUCAAUCAAUGCCCUCCUCCAACCCAACCUCCAAAAACCUCCUUUUCCGACCUCGGCAGGCGCGAUUGAUGAUUGCGGAUCGAUAAGAAGAAAGACACCCACAUCAUCCCCACCAAAUCUUUUGGGCAGUAAGGUACAGUACCCGUAG